AUGAGGCUAUACUCUGCCUUGCUCGGGCUGCUUGCACCCAGCCUGUGCAUUGCCGCCAACCCGUCUCGCGUGGAGCUGCCGGCCGACUUCAAGGUGCCGCAGGUCUUCAAGAACACCAACCUCGUGCGCAACACCAACCUGGAGAAGGCUUACGUGCGGGAGACUAUCAAUGUUGUCGUGGAGAAUACCGACAAGCAGCCGCAGAGCGAUUACUACAUCCCUUUCCCGUCACAGGUGUUUGGUCGCGUUGGAGGUUUCGAGGUCCGGGACAAGAAAGCCCCAGAAAAGGGCCGCUUCGAGGUAGAUGCCACGGAGGUUGAUCCGUCCAGCGGCAACCAAUACUUCGUGGUACACCUCUCUGAGCCCCUGGCGCCGAAGGCCGAAAUCACUCUGGGAAUCUCGUACUCAAUUCUGUCUUCUGUCCACCCGCGUCCGGCGACCAUCAACCAGGCCGACCAGCAGUACCUGAGCUACACCUUCUCAGCCUAUGUGCCUUCAGCCUACCAGACCGUCACGCAAAAGACCAAACUGAAGUUCCCCAACACCCAGGUACCCGACUACACAACCACUUCCGGCAUCAAGUCUGGUUCAGGCGAGGAUCCCGAACGUAAGGGCGCGACCUACACAUACGGACCCUACAACACCGCCAAGGUGGCCCCCGGCACCGAGCACCCGAUUACCGUGCGGUAUGAGUUCACCCACCCGGUGAUCACCGCCCACCUUCUGGAACGCGACCUGGAAGUGUCGCACUGGGGCGGUAACCUGGCAACAGAGGAGCGAUACUGGCUGCGGAACAACGCGUCGCAGCUGAUCAAUCACUUCUCGCGCGUCGAGUGGACGCUCGCCAACUACCAGAAACUGCCCUCGUCCGCGGUGCGCGAGAUCGUGUACCCGCUGCAACCAGGCUCGGUCGACCCGUACUUCACCGAUGAUAUUGGCAACGUCUCGACUAGUCGCUUCCGUCCCGGCACGGCCAAGACCCCCGCACACUUGGAGCUGAAGCCCCGGUACCCGAUCUUCGGUGGCUGGAACUACAGCUUCCGCGUGGGCUGGAACCAGGAUCUGACGCGGUACCUGCGCCGUGCUGUCAGUGGCUCUGACUCGUACGUGCUCAAGGUGCCGUUCCUCGAGGGGCCCAAGGUACCGGAGGGCGUGCAGUAUGAGCGCGUGGUCGUGCGUGUGGUUCUCCCCGAGGGUGCACACAAUGUCCGUUUCCAGACUGUUGAUGGUGCUUCCAGCAACGGUCUUCCUGGCGCAAACCACAUUGCCUCGCAUUUGUCCUCGCUCAAGACUUAUAUGGACACGCUGGGUCGCACCACGCUGACUCUGGAGGUUGACAGUCUAACCGAUGAAGCGCGCAACGCGCAGCUCGUGGUUACCUACGAGCACUCGCUGGUAGACUCCCUGCGUAAGCCGGCCACGAUGUUCGCGGGUGUGCUGUCGCUCUUUGUCGCGGCGUGGUUGAUCGGAAAGAUUGACAUCAGCAUCAAGAAGCGCUAA